AUGAGCAAAAAGUCUGAGAUGACGGCCGUGGAGCGGAAAGCUAUGCAGGAGUUUGAGACGCACUACGAACGGCUGAAAGAUGUGCUUGAAAAUCGCAUUCGAAUUGGAGGAGCAUUCGUUCAGCUGCACAAGUUUGCCAAGGACCUGGAGGCCUCUUUCGAUGGAAUCACAUCGUUGUUGGAUACCAACCGCGACUUUACCAAUGAGAGGGUCGCCGGCCAAGUGGAGAAUGUCUUCCGCAUGAUUGAGGAGACGAUGACUCAAGAAAGGCAUGAGGUGGAAAAGUUCGUAGCGUCAGCUGAGUCAGUGGCCAGAAACGACGACACUUUGGACGUGACACGGUCAACCCAAUCGGCCAGGAACAUCCUCGUCGACCACGAUCAUCGAUACGUCUACUUGAAACACAAAUGGUCCGAAUGGCAGGCUAAUAAGGUAUGUGUGUGCUGCUGA